AACUGAUCUUGGCGAUUACGACAGUUGCUUGACAGCGAAGGAGGCUGGUGCCUGGUGGUGCCCGUUUGGGGUGGUGACUGUGUGUCCUCACGCGAUUGUAGUGGGAAGCGUGUGGCGUUGUGGUGUGUGCACCGGUGCAUCUACAUCGACAUUGGCCGUGUCUUGACUUUCACUCGACCACCCUGUCUUUGUGUAGACUGUAGAGUGUUGUUGCUUUAGACGUGACGAUUCGUCUUUACUCUUUGCCUUGGCCCGAACACCAACCUUCUUGAUUGCGCAACCCGCAGUGCAAACAUUUCGAAUCGUUCCAUGUCUGUUCAAGCUCUCAAUGCAAACACCACACAUACAUUAUGAACGAACUAGAAAGUCACUAUCCGUUGGAUCAGAAUGUCAACGUUGACGAAGUCAUGGGGCACGACCAUCCCUUACAGUCACAUCAGCAGCACGAAGAUGAUGGGACAGGUCCACAUCACCCGGGUGUGGUGGCCCUUUACCAGGAGCAUCAUCCGCAAUACGAGCACGAACUAGGCUAUGGGCGCUCUGAUCUGGUUCAUGACGAGGUCGGUGCCAGUCCGUUGCUUCUCGAAGCACUAGACAAUGAGCCCAUGCAGUUUAACGGGCAACUGGCGCCACCCCUCAGUGUGUCGUUAGGCGAUCAAGGUCAAAACUACAUUGCCUCGCAGAUGAGUUCGGAACUGGACGGGAACCUGGAGCAGCUCAAUGAGGAGAUCCACUUCGAGUUCUCGGGGCAGGCGCCGCUGAAUCUAGACCAUAACCAGGAGUUUGAUAGCCACCUGAGUAGCACACUCAACCAUCCCUUAGAUAGCAUGGAUGGCGAGUUGGGUGGCGUGGGCCAAGAUAUGGAUGUGCAGCCGAUGGACCAGUCACGCCCGCUGUCGAAGGUGCAGGACUUUGGGGCGGACUACCCUCCGCUCAGCGCUGAGGCGGAUGGCGAUCAACAACACCACCACGCCCAGUACCAAGACGAGUUCAGGCAGCACUCCCAGCAGCAGCACGAGGCUCAUGCACACGGGCCAGACCAGGGCUACCAACACAGCCCCCAGACCCAAGACGGCUACAGGCAGGAGCCAUCGCAGAUGUCUGAGGGAUACGACGUGCAGGGCCAGCAGUUGGAGCAGCCGAAUUACACUCAUGACCCGUACAACCAACACCAGGCACACCAGGCCUACAGGCAGCAGGAAGAGUUUCAGUCGUAUAGCCAACUGCAGGACCAGCAACCGUAUAUGCAAGAGCAGGACCCGCCACCCUAUAGUCAGCAACAGGAACCUUAUAGUCAGCAACAGGACCAACAGCCCUAUAGUCAUCAACAGGACCAGCAGUCCUUUAACCAGCAACAGGACCAACAGCCCUAUAGUCAUCAACAGGACCAACAGCCCUAUAAUCAGCAACAGGACCAACAGCCCUAUAAUCAGCAACAGGACCAACAGCCCUAUAAUCAACAACAGGACCAGCAGUCAUACAACCAGCAGCACGAUCAAAUAACCUAUGGCCAAGAACAUGAGGAGUAUAGGCAGCACGCACAGCAGCUGCCACAGAACCAGCACCAGAUACAGCAGGGUAUGGGGGAUCACCACGCCUCUAAACAAGACUUAGACCAGUACGAACAGCCACACCACCCGCCUUUGAUGGCGCAUCAGAUAGAGCAGGCCACCGAAAUGCCUCCAUUGACCAGUGACAGCCAACACCGGCCGCUGGGCGAAGAAGAUCGAGAUCAUAUGAUGUUGCAGGUGGGAGAGCUGAACGAGCAGAAUGACCUGCAGCAGUUGCAUGCUCAGCAGGUAUCGGAGGGUGUCCCACGCGCUGAUGACAUGAGCAUGCAGCUGGACGACCAGGACAUGCACUACAAGCAUCUCCAAGCACAGGAGCCAAGUUAUGACCACCAGGAACCACACCAGCAACCGCAUCAGCAUCAGCAUCAACAACAACAGCAGCAACCAGAUGCACCACCGCAACAGCAACAGCAAACACACCAGCAGAGUCACAACGAACAGCACGCGCACGAGGGUGCGGCACAGGGCCACCCGCAGACAUAUGCGCAAGUGGGACCUCACAAACGCCAACUGCUCAGCACACAAGGGUCGGCUACCAACUCGCCUGCACCUCAGGCGAUAGACCUACAGAACCCCACUAUGGGCCAGCAGUACCCCCUCACGGGACUACAGGACCCACCGCAGGCGCACGACCCAGCCAACCCCCAGACAACCAUCCCCCCACCCCCACAGUCAGACGCACCCGCGCCACCACUGGGCGACAUGGACGCACAGACGUUCAGGUCUAUGCAGCUAGCACAGGAAACCUACCGACAAGCACUGCUGCUGCAGGACAGUAACAGUGGCGGCGGACAACUCGCGCUGACGGAAUACGCACCUGUCGCGUAUGUGGACACACAAGCCAAUGGGAUGGGCGGCAGUCAUCAAAAACAGCAGCAGCAACAACAACCACAACAGCAGCCACAACCACAGACAGCCCAGCGAUCGUCCCAGGUGUCGCUGGUGCAGCAGCAGUACCCCCACGCUAGUCGAGGCAACUCACACCCAAACGGCGUGCAAGCGAGCCCAGCGCAACCACAGGCGCAGGCACCAAGCAAUCACCAGCCAUUGACACAGUCGUUUCAAGUGCAGCUGCAGGGGCCUAAGCACCUGGGUGCAGACUCGUCCAGCAGUCACCAGCAAUCACAGGCACAGCACCGCCCCCUGCAGCAUGCCGAAGCACAGGGCCAGUCCCAAGCUCUGGUACUCUCGCAGCAGAACUCGAUGAUGCUCACCCAGCAGAACUCGUUACCUACCAAGCUGAAAAAGAAGAGCCGGGGCUAUCGCACAGGCGCGGUGGUGUGCUACCAGGACUGGUUGCACGAUGCCUCGCCAGAUAUAACACUGUGUUGUAUCAAGUGUGGGGCUGACUGGAGGUUCCUGGAGGGUGUGGUCAAGAAGCAACACAAAGUGAAGAUGGCCACCUUAGCCAACGGACAGGUGGUGGUGCGGCAGGAACGACACCGCAAGUGUCUGGCGAUGUGCAAGCCGCCCCCUGAGCACAAAAGCAUGCAGGAUUCACAGCUGCGGCAUGCCUUCCAGAAGUGGUCGGAUGCCAUGGCCACUCACCAGGCGCAAAUGUCCCAGGAACAGAAACACAUCACUACGGUCCACGGGCAUCAACAACACAAACAGAAAGCAACACCUCAGUCACAGAUAUCAGCACAGGCCCAGUUGCACCAAUCGCAAUCGCAGCAAAUGCAGCCGCUACACCUUCUCUCGAGCUCGGUCAUCAGCCACGUCCAGACACCAAUGUCAGUUCAGCCAGUCAACCACCUGGCACAGAACACGCGUGUGCCGUUGCAGCAACAGCAAACGCAACCGCAACCGCAACAACAGGAGCUGAAGCAUCACCAGACCCAAACAUACACGUUUACGCCAACGUACACACCACCGCAGCCCUAUACACUACCACAAAUAAGCGCUCAAUCACAGGUACAAGCACAAGCACAGCCCGCAAUUCAAUAUCAGCAACCACCGCAGCCCCAAUACCAGAAUCAACCGGCACAGCUGCAGGCUACUCGAUUCCCAAGCCAACCGACUGUUCAAACGAAGGCAAACAUGCCAGCAGUGACGCAGACCCCCGGCCCAAUCCCACCAGUAACCCAGACGUAUGCUACAUCCCACACACAGCUCAACCAAUCCCAGCAACCACAGGCAACAUCGAAGCCACAGAAUCAAUAUUCUGUCAAGAAGCAACAAGCAUCGCCACAAAUCAGUCGGGUGGUACCUACACCGCAAUAUCCGCAGGUACACCCUCAAUCACAGACGUAUGCACAGCCGCUACAACAACAAGCACCCCUACCACCACCGAAUCAAGCGCCCACGCUUGUCAAUGGGCAGCAACCUUUGUCACAUAUACUCGACCAAGGCAAGGCAGAUCCGAGCUCAAACGCACCGCCCCAAACCCAUGUGGUUUUUCCUCAGUCCGAAGUAUCUACUCAGCAGAACGUGAUUACUCCGUCUGAGCUACACAAUACCGUAUACACUCAGUCGAUGCCAUCAGCCACGCAUAAUGAGCAGAUACUGACAGAGAAAGUGCAGGAUAAUCACAUGCCGCAGCAUACAGGGACGGCGUCGGUGCAGGAAUCCAAAAUGGCGAAGGGUGUAUCACCGGAAUCUUCACAGGCCACAAAACAGCAAGCAACAGUGCCGCUUAGUAAAAUAGAGAGUUCUGCGCCUGAAAGACAACAGGAGGCACAGUACCCUAUACCACAAGCACCAGCAGCUUCCAACAAUAUACAGAGUCCGGUCCAGCAGCCAGGGACACAUCAGCCAAGUGCUGCACCCCAGGUAUUGGGUCUGCGGGCGCAAGCAGUUCCCCAUCAAGCAGGGGUCAAAACUCAACGAACACAGACACCCUCCCAGCAAACCCAAGCACCUACACAGCAACCAAUAGCACCCACCAAGCAACCAGUACUAGCUGCUCAACAGACACAGGUACCUGCUCAGCACACCCACGCAGCUAACCACUCCGCUAAUCAGCAGAUACCAACAGCUACUCAACAUACACAGCCACUCGCUGUGCAGACCCAAGCGCCCUCCGCGCAAGUCGCUAUAGGGACUCCGCCAUUGCAACAGCAGGUACAAGCACAGUCUCACGUCCUAGUAGACUCUCCUGUGCAGGUAUAGUACGCCUGAGAAUGGCCUUGAGUGUGAACAGUGUUGAUUGAUCACCUUUUCUGGUUUGAUGGAAGAAUAGUUAGUACCGUAACCUACCGUCUACGCCGUAGUAGAAGUUUAUCAACAGCCCGAGUAUUGUGCGCACAGCACAUGACCUGGGGCCCACUUCGCAGUCUAUGGCACCGUAGGAAAUGUCUCGCGAAUUUAGUUAGCGC